CUGCUGGCAGUUUUGAAACAUGGCCAACAGUCGAAUGACGUUAAAUUUUGGUUUUUAAAUAAAAAAAAAUCUACAAAAUUAUUUAAUAUAAUUGAAAUUCUCAGAGUGUAUUCCAUAGGGUGGGAGAAUAUAUUCAUGUAAACUCAAUAAUAAAUAAAAAGAUAAACAAUGCCUAUAAAAACGCUUGGUGGAAUGUUUAGUGAACCAAAGAAAACAUGUAGAAGAAAUUUUAUUAGAGAAAAUGUUCAUUCUGUGAGUCAAUUACAAUACCUUCUAAAGGGGGUGAGUUCAAUGUCCAGGUCUAAAACAUCAAAUGAUUUUUUUAUGGAAGGCUUUCAAGGCAUAGAUUGCAAGAGAUCAAAAAAUGAUGUAUGCAACAGAAGCAGUAUACAAAACUUGAAGCCUAGUUUUCCAAAGAAGAAAAACGCUAAACCUAUACCGACACAACAGACAUUCUCGGAUAGAUCAGUACAAACCAUAGAAAGCAAUUUUGACUACUCUGGAAGCUUACCUGUAAGAAAGCUAGAAUUAGAUAAUAACAUUUCUUUAGAAAUGGCCAUUGAUGAUUUAAAAAUAAGAGACAGCUGUACCAGUAAAAUGUCAAGUCAACCAGAACAUUCUGAUGAUAUACAAUCAAAUACAAAUAGUACAGAAAAAAUAGAGAAUAGCAAAUCUUCAAAUAAAGUUGAUAAUUUUGAGGCAAUUAAGAUGACAAAUAAAAAUGAUAGAGAACAAGAAAAUUAUAUUGAUCCUAGUUGUCCACCUGGAUAUAGGCUAUUACCUGAGAGUGAAAGGAAACACACUUUAACAACUCUUCGCCAACAAUAUUUUGAACGUAUUAAUGAAUUAAAUUCUUUAUCUAUUAGAAGUGAUACUUUAAGAAUACAGCAAAAGAAAACUGAGAUUGAGAAAGACCUAAAAAGGAUAGAUGCAGGAAUUCAAACCUUUGACAGACCUAAAGACCCAGCAUCAGAUAAGAAUAACACUUGAUAUUCUGAAAACCAUGCAUCAUACUACACUGAAUAAGAAGGUAUGGAAGUGUCAGGAGGGUGAAGUCAAAAAAUAGACGGAACAGAGCUGACCAGAUAGAUAAGUAAUAUUUGAGCCAGGAGAGAGUCGAUG